AUGGCCGACUCUACUGACAUCCAAGGACUCUAUUCAAAGCCAGCAAAGAAGAAACCUCGUAAGAAAAUGAGCCGUUCCGCCCAGCAACAGGCUGAGAUGGACAAGCUUGACGAAGAAUGGCAGCAACCAAAGAUCAACGCACUUCACACAGCCUUACAACCACCUGUACCAGAUGUUCCCCCGGCUCAAGAUCACCCUGUUCCGGACCUCGCCUAUCUACUUGAUCUCCGUCUAGAAGAUCAACCACCUCCACUCAACAUCGAUCCUCAUCCCAAUCCUGAUGAACAGCCAAACGCGCCUCCCCAAAACUUCACUCAACAUGUCUCCAGCGAUGAUUAUCACAUUCGACGACUUCGAGAAUAUGAGCAAUGGAAAAUUGUCUUGCGACCUAUGUUUGUAGCGUACAUGCAAUGUGCAGAUAAGACAUCUGAAUGGUGGGAUGAGCAAGUGUGGAAUACGGAUUUUCACCGGUGCUCGUGUAAGGUUAAAGAAGGAUCCGGGCGGUUUGUAGAUUUAAUUGAUAUAUUUUCACGCUCAGCAGCACACAAACUGACUAAACACGAAUCAGAUAUCAGGAUUGCACAGCAAACCCUAGCUCAACUCAAUCAAGGACCCAAUGCUCAACCUCGCGAGUAUUUUGCGGACCAGUGGGAGAGAAAACGAACUUGCCUACUUGCUUUCUCGACAGACAAUACUUCUGCUCGUCUUGAAAAAACUUUAGCUCGGCUUAUUGACCUUGAAGAACAAUUACAUUCUGCGCAUGUCAAAGUCACCGCGAUUCGCUCUAAAAGGCGUAAUCAAAGAUCAGCAAGUGAUGUUGCUGAGCUUGACGAUCUACCAUCCUCAAUACUCCUGAUUGAGAAUGCAAUGGAGGAGGUCGCGUGCGAGCUUGGUGGGGAUGAGUUCAAGAAUCAUCCUGCAGUCAAAGGUUGGGAUCCCCUCUGUCCAAAUCGAAGUCAACCAAUCAAGCUAGUGCAUCAAAGCAACUUGGUAUCCCGGAAAUUACAUGAUGAAAGCAUGACCGUGUUGAAGGUCCUACACAAAAAUCUUCUCCAGAAAGAAUGUCGGACUUGGAUGGUUUGGCAAUCUCACAUUCCCACUCUUCUACUCAAAACACAGCAAUAUUCUGAUACUACCACAGAAUCUGAUCACACAUUACUAAAAUCGUGGCAGGAAAUCCUUUUGAAUUCUGUAGAAGUCUGGGAGGGUAUGGUCAAAGGACCUAUGUUCACUGCUGAAGCAUUGGAUCAGGACGAAAUAUUAGAACAGCAGUUUUUUAUUGGUGAUGGUGCAGCUGAUGAGACUCCAGACAACGAUGAUGAUGGAUAUGAAGAGGAUGAGGUUGGCGGGAAUGAUGAAAGAGAUGAUAUAGGACAGUAUUGA